UCUGUUAUUUAUUGAACGACUUCACUCCCGAUCUGUGCAAUGAAGAUGGAUUAACUGCUCUGCAUCAAUGCUGCAUAGACAACUAUGAAGAAAUAGUUACACUCCUUCUGAGCCAUGGGGCCAAUGUCAAUGCAAAGGACAAUGAAUUGUGGACUCCUCUGCAUGCAGCAGCAACAUGUGGACACAUCAAUCUAGUGAAGAUCCUGAUUCAGCAUGGGGCCGACCUACUGGCAGUGAAUGCAGAUGGCAACAUGCCAUAUGACCUCUGUGAAGAUGAAUCAACUCUGGAUGUUAUUGAAACCUGCAUGGCAUACCAAGGAAUCACACAAGAGAAAAUCAAUGAGAUGCGAGCUGCUCCUGAACAGGCAAUGGUUGAUGAUAUUUCAGAGAUGAGUGCAAGAGGAGAGGAUCUGAACAUAAUAGAUGCUCAAGGUGUUUCACUGUUACAUAUAUCUGCAGCCAAUGGUUAUCUACAUGCAGCAGAGCUGCUUCUAGACCAGGGAGCAAGACUGGAUCUUAAGGACUGUGAUGGCUGGGAACCCCUCCAUGCUGCUGCUUUCUGGGGACAUAUGCAAAUGGCAGAGCUCUUAGUGUCCCAUGGAGCAAACCUGAGUGCCCGAACAGCUAUGGAUGAGAUGCCAAUAGACCUGUGUGAAGAAGAGGAGUUUAAGGUUCUGCUCUUAGAGCUAAAGCAUAAACAUGAUGUCAUCAUGAAGUCUCAAAUGAGGCAUAAGUCCUCCUUGAACAGGAGAACAUCAAGCACUGGAAGCAGAGGAAAAGUGGUGCGGAGGGCAAGCCUUUCAGAUCGAACAAAUCUUUAUAGAAAGGAAUAUGAGAAGGAGGCUAUUAUCUGGCAACAGAUAGAAUCUUCUGAGGAGCAAAGAACUUCUGACUACAAUAUUGACUUUCGGGAGGCUUCCUCUAACCAAGAGAACACAGAUCCAAACUUGACAACUGAUACAGCUAUAAUCCUUCCAGAGCUGGUAACAAAAGGAACACAAUGUGAUUCAGAAAAUUUGCUUCAGAAUGGACUCAGUCUACCCUCCAUUCCUUACCAAUAUUCUAUUCCAAAUGGAGAUGUUUGGAUAAUGCAUUCAGCCCUGGACAAUGAUGGAAGCCACAUAUUGCCCUACAAUACCCCUGGGAUUUCUGACUCUCAUCACAUCUGGGACGAGUACAAAGAAAGGAGCCACCAAACCCUUUCUGAACUGAAAAGGCAGCGAGCAGCAGCCAAACUUCUCAACCACCCCUUCAUUAGUACACACUUUAGUAGCGGUAUAGGAGACUCAGUGGAAAAUGGGGGAGAAGCUAAAGAACAUUUGAUUAGUUCCAGGACACCUUCUUAUACCUCCAAUGGAACUUCAGUUUAUUACACCAUGUCAAGUGGUGAUCCACCUCUCUUAAAAUUCAAGGCUCCCAUGGAAGAAAUGGAGGAGAAGGUGCAUGGCUGCUGCAGAAUCUCCUGAUCUCAGUUUAUUCCUACCAAGUUGGUAGGCAUGAUGCAUCCACUACUGAAUCUUCUUUUUUACUUCAUCACAGGAUCUGGUUUAAUCAUCUGGGACUAGGCUCUUCAAGGUUUAUGCAUACCUAAUUCCAUAUUUUGGUUUUGCAGUUUCAUUAAAAAUGGAGCAUAUGUAGGUAGAAAGAGAAGCGGAAGUGAAACUCUUUACACAUAACUUUUAUCUACUAGAUGAGAGAGUGUUUGUUUGAUUACAACUCUAAUCUGAUUUCAAAUAUCUAUUCAUGGGUUUCUGGGACCAUAAUCGGCACAUGAGAAAUAAAUUCUUUUGACAUUGGUACAGCAUUACUGACAAAUACUUUUUUACAAGCAGACUAGGUAAACAACUCUGUGUAAGGUUUUAUACCUGAAGAUAUAUGCACUUUAUGAUAACAACCAACCCAAAACCACGGCCUCUAAUGUGACUGCACUGUUGGAAUGUUAACUAACUUGCUGCCAAUUUUGUUUUGCCAUCAUU